AAAAGAGAAAAAAGAGAGUCCCUUUUCGUAUAUUAUGAGCUAGCUAGGUCUUUGUGGUGUUUUUGUGCUCGGUCUAUUCGAUCGGUUCGAUCAUCGGUCAUCAUUGCUGUGUGUUUCGGGGGGGAUAGUGUAGUUUAAAUAAAUGAGCUCGAUAGAAACACGAAAGAGAGAAACAAACGUUCGAAUUGGCUCUUGUUUGUUGCUUGGGUUUUUUUUUUGUUGUCUAUAGUUUUUCCCCUUGGCAAAGUUAGAGAACCAUUUUUUUUCCUGCUGGUCUCACAACAACAAUCAUCAAACAUUGCUGUUUUUAUUAUUCGACCGAAUACAACUAAGUGUAGUGUUCCAUUGUGGGGCACACACACAAUCGUCAAAAAUUUAAAGCUAUCCUUUGUUUUCGAACGACAACACUGUGUUUGAUUUGUCAUAUACCAAAGUUAACGAGAAAAAAAAUUCUGUGCUUCAAAAAGUGUUUUGUGUCCAAUUUCUUUUUCGACUUGAUGAUACUCUUGAAAAGAGUGAUCGAUAAUUCUUAUCGGUGAAGAAGAAGGUUUCAUAUGAUGAUGGUAUCAAAUGCUCAAACAUCACGUCAUCACCAUCAAUCUCAUUUGAAUGCUCAUCAUACGCAUCCACAACCGCAGUCACAUCCAUCAUCACAGACAGCAAUGUUAUCAGCGGCAGCCGCUGCUGCUGCUGCCCAAUCUUAUUAUGCAUUAGCUGCGGUUACCUCAUCAACGACAAACAAUUCAGCAAUCGCAGGAACAUCAACAAAUUCGAUUCCAUCAGGUCCAACAAUGUCCUCGACACCACUUCUUGUGCAUCAUCCAGAUUACCAUCAACAUCAUCAUCAUAAUAACAAUAACAACCAUCAUACUGUCCAUUCAACGUUUGGUCAAAAUACCAAUAACCAUCACAUUAUCAGUGGUGGAUAUCAUCACCAUAAUCUGGUCAAUAACAAUCAUAUUCAUGAUUCUCCACCGACUGCACAAAUUCAUCAUCAGGUUAAUCACAAUGGUCAUCAUCAUUCAAAUUGCCACAACAAUGUUACUAAUGUGGAUUUGCCACCAGAUCGGCCUAUCGGCUAUGGAGCAUUCGGUGUUGUUUGGUCUGUCACCGAUCCUCGAGAUGGUAAGCGUGUAGCUUUGAAGAAGAUGCCAAAUGUAUUUCAGAAUCUCAUAUCGAGUAAACGCGUGUUUCGUGAAAUCAAGAUGUUAUCUUUCUUCAAACAUGACAAUGUAUUGUCCGCAUUGGACAUUCUUCAGCCGCCUCUCAUAAAUUUUUUUCAAGAAAUUUAUGUUAUUACGGAGCUAAUGGAAAGUGAUCUACAUAAGAUUAUUGUUUCUUCACAACCUUUAACUCCUGAUCAUAUCAAAGUGUUCCUCUAUCAAAUGCUUCGUGGCCUCAAAUAUCUACAUUCGGCUCGAAUAUUACAUCGUGAUAUAAAACCAGGCAAUCUACUUGUCAACAGUAAUUGUUUGCUCAAGAUUUGUGAUUUCGGUUUGGCACGCGUAGAAGAGAAUGAUCGUUCUCGUAAGAUGACACAAGAGGUCGUUACGCAAUACUAUCGAGCGCCGGAACUGUUGAUGGGAGCUAAAUACUAUCAUGAAGCUAUCGAUAUGUGGUCUAUUGGCUGUAUAUUUGCCGAACUUCUGGGUCGACGCAUUCUUUUUCAAGCUCAAACACCAAUACAACAGCUUGAAUUAAUCACUGAUCUUCUUGGCACACCAUCAUUGGACGAUAUGCGUUACGCCUGUGAAGCUGCUCGACUUCAUGUUCUACGGCAACCGAUGAAGAUACAUCGUCUGAGUUCAUUGGCCAAACUAUCUAAUCACGCCAAUAGCGAAGCUAUACACCUACUUUGUCAAAUGCUCAAUUUUAAUCCGGACAAACGCAUUAAUUCAGCAACAGCAUUAAACCAUCCAUAUUUAUCGGAAGGUCGCGCUCGUUAUCAUUCGUGUAUGUGCAAAUGUUGCUACACUGUUGGUGAUACACGUAGAUUUUGUAACGAUCUUGAACCCGUUUCUCCUCAUCCAUUCGACAAUUCAUUCGAAAAAGAAUUAACAUCUGUUCAGAUUGUAAAAGAACGUCUACACAAAGAAAUCAUGCAACGAUGUUUAGCAUCUAAUCAGGUGCCUCUUUGUAUCAAUCCAUUAUCGGCUUCAUUUAAAAAUUUUGCCAGUUCAUCCGUUGCUCAUCCAUCGGAAUUACCACCGUCGCCACAUUGUUGGGAAUGAUAGCGA